UGCACAAGAGGGCUGCCGACAGCACCAAGUGGCAGCUGCGGUGGUUCGUCCUCUACCAGAACAUGCUGUUCUACUACGACUCGGAGUCGUGCAGCCGGCCGUCGGGCGUGGUGCUGCUGGAAGGCUGCUACUGCGAGCGGCUCAUAACCGCGGGCAGUCGCAACAAGGACUCCGACAAGCAGCACUGCUUCGCCAUCUCGUACCGGCGGGAGAACCAGCGGCAGUACGAGCUCCGAGCGGCCACCGAGUCCAACUGCAAGACGUGGAUCGAGGCCAUUCGCGAAGCGAGCUUCAACAAGCUGCUGCUGCAGAAGGAGGAGCUGGAGCAGAAGCACCUGCACCUGCUGCAGAUAGUCGAGAGCGAGAAGACCGCCAAGUGGCAGUACACGCAGCAGUGCGAGGAGCUGGCCUCCGAGAUCAAGAAGCUCCGCGCCGAGCUGUGCGCGCUGAAGAAGGAGUGGCGGCCGGUGUCGCCGUACCGCGCGGGCACGGCGGAGGCGGCGCAGCCCGCCCCCAGCGCGCCGGGGGCGGCCGCGCAGCCGGUCGCCGUGGACCAGGAGACGCUGGAGCUGCGCAAGAUCAAGAAGGUGCAGAGCUUCUUCCGCGGCUGGCUGUGCCGGCGCCGCUGGAAGCAGAUCGUGGAGCAGUACAUCAAGUCCCCGCACGCCGAGAGCAUGCGCAAGAGGAACAGCCUGGUGUUCCGCAUGGUGGAGGCCGAGGAGGAGUACAUGGAGCAGAUGGAGGUGCUGGUGUCGUGCUUCUUGCGACCCUUCAAGAUGGCGGCCAGUUCCAAGAAGCCACCCUGCACUCAUGAGGACGUCAACUCCAUCUUCCUGAACAGCGAGACUGUGCUGUUCCUGCACCAGAUCUUCCUCAAGGGCCUCACGUCGCGCAUGGAGAGCUGGCCCACGCUCGUUCUAGGAGACCUGUUCGACAUGCUGCUGCCCAUGCUGAGCAUAUACCAGGAGUACGUGCGCAACCAUCACUACAGCCUGCAAGUGCUGACGGAGUGCAAGCAGUCGCCACCCUUCUCGGCGCUGCUGGCUCGUCUGGAGAACAAGCCGGCCUGCCAGGGCAGGAGCAUCGAGACCUUCCUCACCUACCCCAUGCACCAGGUGCCGCGCUACAUCAUCACGCUGCACGAGCUGCUCGCUCACACGCCGCACGACCACGUCGAGAGGAAGAGUCUGCAGAACGCGCGCCAGCAGCUCGAGGACCUGAGUCGCCAGAUGCACGACGAGGUGAGCGAGACAGAAAACCUGAGGAAGAAUCUGGCAGUGGAAAGGAUGAUCGUGGAGGGCUGUGACAUCCUGCUAGACGUGAACCAGGUGUUUGUGCGACAAGGAAGCUUGAUACAAGUGCCAUCUGACAAGCCCAAAUCAUCCCGUAGUCGUAUCGCCAGUUUUAGAAAUGGAAAAGAAGCACUUCGUCAAUGUUUUCUGUUCUCGAACCACCUCAUUUUAGCAACCAGGACGUCUGGCGGAAGACUUCAUCUGGUCCCGGACAUUGGCAAAGUACCUCUUGCAGAUGCCUUACUGAUAGAAGACCCCAGUGACCCUGGAGCCAACGACGAUGAUGGGUCGUCGGUGUGCUCCAUGUCCAGCCAGUCGAGUGGCAUCAGCGACCACUCGGCGCCCGGCAGCUGGCACAACCGCGACUUCAAGGUGGUGCUGGACGUGAAGUCGGGUAGCCAGCCGCAGGUGGUGCACCUGGUUGCCCCCACCAUGCAGGAGAAAGCUGCGUGGAUCAGCGACAUCAGCCAGUGCAUGGACAACGUGCACUUCAACGACCUGCUCCACAGCUCCAUGUCGGACGCCUCCUCCGUGACCAUGCCCCAGUCCAUAAAGAACGACCCCAAGCUGUUCAAGGACGACGUCGACAUCCGCUUCAGCCGCACCCUCAACUCCUGCAAGGUGCCGCAGAUCCGCUACGCCACCCCGGAGCGCCUCCUGGAGCGACUCACGGACCUGCGCUUCCUGUCCAUCGACUUCCUCAACACCUUCCUGCUCACGUACAGGGUGUUCACUGACGGCGUCACCGUGCUCGAGGCCCUCAAGAAGGUCUUCUACAACGACGAGCCCCCGGAGGCUCAGAACAUCACCGAGGACUCUCUCUUGUCCCUGGAGGCGCUGGCCGCCCGGGAGGAGCAGACGGCCCUGCUGCUGGGCGACCAGGACCGCCGUCGCAGCAGCGUGUCUCCGCGACGCACCAGCGCGGCCAGCUCCGUGUCGGGCUACUGCUCCGAGGUGAGCGACCGGGACCGCAGCCACAGCUACGACUCCCAGAGCGGCCAGCGCACCCAGCACUGGAGGGUCAGCUCUCGCAAACUGAUUGUGGAGGAGGAGCAGCGAGAGCUGGGGCUCAUCAAAGAAGGACCGUCGAUCGUCAAGCAGUCUCCGACAACGCCCCGCAAGACCCUCCACGUCCGCGUCGAGUCCCAGAUGGACGACGGCCAGCACCUCACCAUCCCAGCCACCACGAUCGCCGUUUCAUCCAGUUCGGAGACACUCACGGAUGCGACGGUGCUCAGCGCUCCCUCGUCGCCCAGCAACCUGAGCUCGGUGACGCUCGUGGGCUCCGACAACAGUCCCCAAGACACCGGCUCCCCUCCGGCUGAAGCCCAGCCUCGAGACAAGAGCUCGGACGCGGAGCCUCGCGGAGCCGUCGCGCAGAGGGAGGCGUCGCUGGAUGACGCUGACAGGCCCGUCAUUCUAGGGGUGCAGUUCAAGAGCCAGGAGGACUGGCAGCGCGGGCCCGAGGGGCUGCCGUGGCCCGGAGAGGGGGAGCGGGCUCACAGGGGGCGUGGCUGGCAGGACCAGCCCUCCUCCGACACAGAGGCCCCCACCGCCUGCUCGUCCCGCUCCGCUUCCAUCACCACCGCCAACCUCGCCUCCACUGUGCUCCAGAACUACUACAUGAGUCGGCGCUCCAUCCAGGACUCGGAGAGCAUCGCCAACAUGUCCCAGCGAGCGAGCCUGCAGCACGACUCUCCGCAGAACUCCAGCAAGGCAGGCGUCGUCAUCACCUCCUUCCGGCAGUCACAGAGGAGCAUUGGACUUGACCUUCUCUGGAGCAGCACCUCGACGGCGGCGGCGGCCUUCGCCAUCGCCACGUCGGCGUCCAGCAACCCGCGCGACCUCUGCACGGGUGCGGCAGUGCGCGGGCGCACCAGCGUGGGGGACGCCAGUGUGCGCAGCAGCAGCCGCAGGAAGGAGUCGGUCAUGUCCACUGCGGCCACCAUGCGUGUCCUCAACGUGCUGCGGCACUGGGUCUCCAAGCACUCGCAGGACUUUGAGCAGGACCAGCGACUGAAGAACCUGACCAUAGAGUUCCUGGACGACAUCAUGUACAGCCCCAACCUGCUGCCUGCGGAGCACAAGGCUGCGUCGCAGCUGCUGCGCCUCAUCACCAAGGAGGAGGGGGAGAGCAGCAAGGUCGACCUGGGUCGACUGCUCGCGCCGCCCACGACGCCCAGCAAAGAGAACAUAGAGACUUUGUCAGCCCUGGAAAUAGCUGAGCAGAUGACUUACGUUGAUCACCAGAUAUUCAUUGCAAUCAGCAGUGAGGAGUUUCUGGGUCAAGCGUGGAUGAAGACUGAUAAGGCUUCGAAGGCACCGCACAUAAUCCUCAUGACUCGUCGCUUCAACGAGAUGUCGCAGCUGGUGGUUUCGGAGAUAGUGCGCCGCUCGAGCCUCACGUCGCGCAUCGCGGCCAUAGAGAAGUGGGCGGCCGUGGCAGACAUCUCCCGCUGCCUCCACAACUUCAAUGGCGUGCUGCAAGUGUGCGCGGCCUUCACCAACAGCUCCGUAUUCCGCCUCAAGAAGACGUGGGAGAAAGUGUCCAAGACUACGAAGCAGACGAUAGAGAAGCUGCAGGCCAUCGUGUCGUCGGACGGCCGGUUCCGCAGCCUGCGCGACGCGCUCCACCGCUGCGACCCGCCCUGCAUACCCUACCUGGGCAUGUACCUCACCGACCUGUCCUUCAUCGAGGAGGGCACGCCCAACUUCACCGGCGACGGUCUGCUCAACUUCUCCAAGAUGAGGAUGAUCGCGCACGUGAUCCGCGAGAUCAGGCACUUCCAGCAGACGCCGUACAAGAUAGACCUGAACCAGAAGGUGAUCAACUACCUGCUCGACUGCAACCUGCUCCUGGACGACGACGAGCUGUACCGCAUGUCCCUGGACAUCGAGCCCAGGACCUCGAGACUCAGCUCGUCCGCCAUUGGCCAGCUGCCGCUGAGCGCGCAGGCUGCCACCAGGUCGUAAUGGCUGGUGUCCGGUACGGAUCUCACAGAAAUGUGGUGUGAGCGGUGAAUAUUAGCAUCUGGACCAACACAUUAUUUUUCUUGAAUAUUAGUGUUGUGCUCAAGAAGUCUAUACAAAAACUUGUUCAACCAUUCAGUCUUCUGUGCUGGAUCUAGAAUUGGUGUGUUUCGCUGUGAAUGAUGAGUGCAUCUAAGUAAUUGAACAAAGUGUGUAAACCUAGGAAAAGUUAAUUUUAUUUUUACUUUUUUAUAAAAUUAUGUUAUUAGGCUGUAAAGUGGUUUUUAGUAAUCUCAUUAAAUAUGUGUUUGUGUUUAUUUAAGUAAAUGUGCAGCAGAGACAUAUUAUUUUAACAUUGUAAACUCUGUAAAAUAAUCAUGAGAUAAGUAUCAAUGUUACUUAAUUUAUAAUAAUUUGGAGUAGUGUUACUUAAUACAUAAAACACUUAAUUUUCGGUGUUAAUUUUGUGGGUUGAAAAGUCUCAAGAAUUAAGCUCAUAAAACUGGACUAAACCUAAAUCUUAAAUUGAGUAAGAUUUUUAUUCUUGAGUCCAGCCAAAUAAUUUUACAAUUUAACUUCACAAUUUCAAUGAUUUACCUGCCAAACCCAUGUAAAAGUGCAAUUUCUGAUUAUCUCUUAAAAGUAUUUUCACUGUGGGACAAGAAGGGAUUAUUUAACAUUUAUUAUCAAAUUGGACAAUUUAAAUUAAUUGUGCAGAGUCAAUAUGUGCCUCUUAACAUUUAUCUAACCCAUGAUUCAAAUUUUCACAUGCAUGCAUGUGUGUGGUUGUGUAUUGUGUGUCUAAAUUAUAUAUGCAAAUACACACUGCACCUUAACACAUGACACAAAAGCAACUCACCACACAACAACCACUCACCACAUAACACACAAGUUUUUAUAACUAGGACAUUUAAAAUGUUGGAACCAAGAUCAAAACCAUCUUGCAAAUUAAAAGUUUGAAUUUGGCUAGACUCUCUGCAAAUUUGAUAUCUUGUGGCUCAGUAAAACCUCCCUGAUACAAGAACAGGAUAUUGUUAGAUGUCAGAAGUUACGAGAGCUUUGUAAUGCACCGUCAGUUUUAAUGUGUCACAAUAAAUAUGUACUGUAUUUAGGAACAAUUUUCUGAUGGUGUUUUCGUAAGUACAAAAAUUUCCACUGACUUAAAACAGAAAGCGGGCCACCGCAGUGCAAAAGCCAUUGUUAUAAUUUACAAGCAAAUAUAAAGAAUAAUAGCUGAGCAAGAGAGAUGGAGAGAAAAACUAAGAGAUUCCUAUGUAAAGAUUAGGGGCUGAAAAAUUUAGCAUCUAUUUUUUCUAAAAUUAACAUAAUAUUAUUUUAUAAAUUAGCAUCUAUUAUUGUGCAAUUAGCAUUUUUAAUGCAACAUAUUAUAACUUAUAAUUUACAAUUCACAAUGUUUGUAAAAUAAAUAUUCAUACAUACAAAUACCUACAAAUAACCUUUUUCAGUUCUGUAAAAAAAACAUUUUUUCUGUGCCUUUUUAAAUAAAAACUACAAAAAAAAAUUAUUUUUAUUGUACUUCAAAAAUUUGGUACUGCAUUAUGCUAGCAAACAUUGAGUUGCAAGUGUAAUUCAUAGAAUAAUACACAAAUCAACUAGAUUAAUUGGGUGGGACUUAUAUUUUUAAGUUAUUUCUGAUACAUGUAACUUGACUAUCACAGCGACAUGGCAAUGGAAACAAAUCAUGGUCGUGAAAACUAUUGUAGGGAACAAUUAUUAGAAAAUCACCACGUGAUCAAUGUAACAUUUGGGGGAACGCCAAGUAUCUGCAGUACUGCUGGUUCACUUCACACUCCUGUUUAAGCAAAACGCAAGAGAGUGCAGCCUGUUGUUUUCAUCUCAUUUGCCAACCUUACACCUUUCGUCUGCGAGAUGAGAAAAUCUGCGGCAAAUAUGAUGGACAUGUUUUUGUGUAUUAACUGGAGUGAUGAUAAAUCUUACGUGACAAACAUAAAUUAAAAUAAUUUAAUCAUACAUGCACGUGUGUCCCAGACAAACUGCGAAGUACGAACAUAAGGUGAGUCAGGUCACAAAGUCCACAACACUGGGUUGUUUCUUUCCAAGUGUGAAGAUUUAUUUUGUACAACAAUUUUUGAAACUGUUAAAAAAUAUGUAACAGUACUUGGUAUUUUAUAAAGAAUUUUUUCAAAUGAUGGGCAUUUUAAACUAAUAGCAGGAAAAAAAAGCACAUUUAUUUAGAAAAUUAGCAAAACCGUAUAAUUUAUAGCAAGCUGCUAAUUUUUCCAGCCCCUAGUAAUUAUGAGUUAUCGUAGUAUAGAGGUUACAACCAAAUUUGUUCAGUGUUCAACAAACAAUUUUUUUUUGCUCACCGAGACUUGGCACGAUACUAAGAGUGAUGCAACCCACUUAUAAAUAUUUUAGCUAAGUUUAUUUAGAUGAGAUACUACUACUCUACAAAUUCUAUGUAAAAUAAUACGUAAGUAGCCUAAUAGUAUUUUAUAUUUAUUUUCAUUAAAACUAGCACAUGUAUAUUUUCUUCAGUGUGGAUUAUCUAUUAUAAUUUGAUUUUAUAUGUAUUAACUUGUAAGUGAUAAAAUUGUUUAGAAAGGUGUGUACAGUAGUAGAAGUUAUAUUUUGAAAACGCACAAAGUUGGCUAAGUGUCUCUUAAGGGAUUUGAGCAGUGCUAUAUAACUGCUUACAUUUUUUAAUGAAAAUGGAAGAUAUACAUUACAUUAACUAAGUAAAUUUGUUGUAUUUUUUGUGAAGUUAGUUCUACCAUGCCUCAUACACAUCUCCAAAAAUAUUAACAUCAAUUUUCUUUUAGCUCUUCUAAAGUAUAUUUGUGAGGUAAAACCUUGUUUUGAAAAUUUAUAUUGAUUUAAUUCAAAAUAUAAAUUAAAACUAAUAAUGUCUUUAAUAUUUAAGUAAAUUCAUAUCAUCAGAGGCAGCAGUUAUAUUGAAACUAUUAUCUGCACAUAACAUUUUGCAUAUUGGUGUGUUAGUGCAAUGAGCUAUUCAUUGAAUUGAUUCUUUAAUGUGCCUAUGAAUGUGUCAAUCAUUUUUUUUUUACACUGGCCACUAACAAUCUGUGAUCUUGUUAUGAGAUUUCAGUAUCAUAGUUGUUUUUUUUUAUUAAAAGCACUUUUUGUUUAUCAGCAUGUAUAAAGUGUUUAUAUUUUAUAUACUAAGGGAAACCCAGAUUUUUUUUGUUUUCUUAUUUGUGCAACAAAUUGGGAUUUUGUAAUGCAUUUUAUUUUUAGUUAUUUAAUAAACCAAAUCUCAUUCAUCUGUAAGCCUCCAAGUGAAGUAUUAUAAGUACAGUAGAGUCUCCAUUAACGAAGCUUUGAUUUUCUCAGGUUCAGUAUUAUCAGAGCCAAUGUAAAGGUCUAUUAACAGCGAAGACUCUUGGAACAUGUGCCUGAGACCAAGAAAAUUAUCUUUUGUCAAAAGCCUCAAGAAAAUUAACCUAAAAAAUGCCCUUUACGGUUUGGGUAAAUCAUGGAUUGAAGUGAAAGAAUCUACACUAAAAAAAAAGCUGGAAAAAAUCACCUCAAAAAAUUAUACCACUGGGCCAACUUAAAACCAAGACAAUUUUAUUAUUACAUCCAAGCUAUACAAAAUUCUACUUAUCUGAGGGUGCCGGGUCCACAUUUACUCAGUAAAUCGAGACUGUACUGUACCUCUAUUAUUGUACCGUAUUUACUCGCAUAAUUUCCGCAGUAAUUUGGAUAUAUUUUUGACAAAAAAAAUGGGGUGCGGACAUUGUGAAGUCUGAAAAAAAAAAUUGUCCUCAAAAUUUUCCAUGUUUUGUGUAAAGUAAAAAAACUGUUCUCAUAAUUAGUUUGCUAGUACCCUGAUUUUACGUAUGCUCACGGUUCCGCGGAUUGUAUUAGUAUAAUUGCUGCUUCAUAAAAUUGGCACCCUUCCCUCGGCCCAGUUGAAAAAUAUUAUAGGCGGCACACUACUUCGCAGAGCGCUGGUGACUGGCGACCCUCCCAGCGGACGUGAGAAAUUGACAGGUGUCGAGAUAGUUGGAUGCUGGCGAUUUGUGGAAGACGCCACUCGUUUUUUUUUUCUUCUCUCACUCGCGUGUGCACUCUUACGUUCAGAAGCCGCAGCCAGCUUACACAAAAUAAACUCUUUGCGUGAAAAGAUAUUUUUUUUAAUCUUUCAUUGAGAUGGCCACUAACGGCACGGGGAAGAUUUCUAAUGUCUGCAUUAGCCGGUGCCGGCGAGCCUCCCUCCCUGUCCCUUGCCCACUGUGUGUAUAAAAACAGUUACCGGCAGACGUCUGUGCAUGCGAGUCCCCUCCUGCCCUUCUUGACUGAAGCGGGGGAAGGAGUGCAGAGCGUGGAAAAGGCUGAGCAGGAAUUUAAAAAAAAAAAACAAAGCAUGUAAUUACACCACUUCUCCGCUACCUCCACUACACUAUGACAUAGUGUGAGUUGCAGCUGCUUUGUCCGCGCGUCUGCGCGUGGGACGUGUACAGGCUUGUGCUAUGUAUAGCCCAUCCCCUUGCAACUCGCGUGACGUCGCAGGCAGCUGCGCAGUAGAGUGCGAGUUUCUGAGUCCAGAUGGUUUCACCACGUUACAAACCCUCUCAGAAACCGCUCCGAAGAAAUGAACAACUCAAGGUCAAAGCAUUGUUGACAGCGUCGGUAAAUUUCCAUCCCGUUACUGUGCCUUUCAGGGGUGGCAAAGGUUGCUUUGUCUGGUGCGGACUUUAUGCUGAUUUUAAAAAAUUCCAUUUCAAGUAUUUAAAAAGAAAUGUGCGGCUUAUGCGAUUAAAUAUGGUAUUAUUGUUUCUUAAUCAUAAAUAAUAAAUUAGAAGUAAAAAAACUUUCUCUCACAUUAUCUGGUACGGUAGUAUUAAAUGGACUGUUAAUUUCCAAACAUAAAAUGAUUGUGUCAUAUCUUAAAGGCCCAUAGAGGCAUGUCGUGCCCGGUUCUCAGUUUUUGGUUCAGACUGUUUUUAAUCAGCACAAGAGCCAUUAAUAAAAAAUACCAGUAACACGGAAAGUUUUACAGGCAAACCUUUUCCUGGUCAAAAUACAAUAGACUCCAGGUAAAACCCAUAAAAUGCCAGCGAAACGUCUUUGCAUGAGUUCCACACGUCUUUCUAACUCCCUUUUAAGCCUCAGUGUGAAAAGUGAGUGAAAAGUUGGUAAAUCUUUGAAAAAUGCCGGUGGCGAUAUCUUUGAUAAGUUAUAAAAGUAUAUUGAGCCUGUAUUAUUUUUCUUUAGGUCUAACUUUUAGUUUAAAUGGUCAUCUCUGUCUGCUAGUGAAAAGAGGCACAAAAAAGGGUCGGAAUCUUGGCACAAAAACUCUUUUGUUUACAUUCAGACAUGGAAACUUCCUGCCGGCAGUAUCUUUCAGUGUGGGCGGGCGAGCAGCGGCAAGCGCAAGUGGGAAGGGGGGGGGGGGGGGGGGGGGGGGAGACUGCCCUUUGUCCGUGUCGCCUGCAGUUUUCAAACAUUUACUAACCAUUAACUUGUCACAUGGGACUUGUAGUGAAGUUAAAAGAUGUGUGCUUGUUGGUCGCCUGCAAUAUACCCCGGCGUUUUACCAGGGAAAGUAUUAGCUAUUAUGCUUUCUGUAGUACCAUACAAUUGUCCUGAAGUUUUCAAAACUUUCCAAAAGAAAUAGUAACUUUGAAUUCUACCUGAGCCAAUAUGUGCCGAAUGGGAUUUUUUUGUAUUCUAAUUUUUUACAAAUGUGUUAGUAAAAUUGAUUUUACUAAUAAGUGCUUGUUGUUGAAUAUGUAUUCAGUAUUUUGUUUUGUUCAUUUUUGAUUGGGUCAGGUGGUAGUUCUUGGAUGCCAAUUUUUGCUAGAGGAAUGAUUGCAAAUAUUUGUGACGCUGCAUGGUCGUGAGUUCCUGUACCUGUGUUCCUACCAGGAAUAUCUGUAGUGCUCAGCUGUUGUUUGUUUGCCUCGUAAUAGCACUUCACAUUGUACCUUCAACCUGCUGUGAGGUAAUUUUAAUGAGUCUCCCUCCCUACCCAACUACAUUACUGUCACUUUCAUCACUUUAAAUGAGCCUAUUAUAGUAUAUAUAUCUGGCAUACAUAUCUUAUUUACUACUCAAUUGGAUUGCUUCAUCAUCAUUAGUAAUGGUGCUAGGUCUGUUACCUAGUGUUGUGUGAGUUCACCCAAAUUCACUUGAAAUUUUUGUAUUAAAUUAUGUCUGAGAAGAAAGUAUGUGUAAUUUUAUUUGCCCUGUCCAUAAGGUGUAGGUUUUGAUACAGUGGCCUCCACUGUGUAUAAACCAUAAUUUUGUAUUUUAUGGUCGUCAUAAAAAUGGAUACUUUUCUGUGCAAAUGACUCAUGUAGAAGUACUUAGUGUUAAGUGGUAAUAUUCUUCUGACAUUUGAAUGCCGUGAAAUGUUAAUGUACUUUUAAAAAUAUCAGUAUUUUAAAGAAAACCAGUAUUAAUUAUGUCAUAAAUUUUUGUAGGGAUCGUAAAAUAAUUAUAUUCCUAUUGUAGCAAUUGUGUUUUUGUAGUUUCACAGAGGCAUAAGGUUAAAAAAAAAUAUUGGGAUUUUGUGUGUUAAACAUUGUGCGCACAUAGUAACAAGUCUGUGUAUUAUUGUGUAGCCUAUAUAUACAGUAGAACUCGGUUGUAACGUUUUCAUGGGGGCGAAAGGAAAAAACAUAAGCAGGAGAUAUCAGUGUUUGAACUUUUUACCAAUUGACUCAUCAAGCUAUGUAAACAAAUUUUGACACAACAAGCUGUAUAAACAAAUUUUGUGUUAAAACUACUGAUGGGUACACCCCAUGGUCGAAUUUGCUUAACCAAACCAACAACUUUUUAUCUUUGUCGUGCUUCCAGAUUCUAUUUUAUUUGUCUUUACGGACAUACUGCCAUAUUUUUGUCAAAUUGCCGCAUUCAUGACAAUGACAUUUAAAGUGGAAAUUCCUAUGUCCAAUUCUUUCACCACGUGAACAUGUGGUUUUUGUGACUCCUAUCUAUGAAUGAAAUAAAUUCAACUCUAUCAGCAAUAGGAUACUUUUUUUUAUUGCAAUCAUGGAAUAGUUGGGAAACUAAAAUAUUGAAAGCCUACGUAUGCACAUGUAAAAACAUACCAAAUUUCAAAGGACCAAAAGGAUUUUUGUUUUUCCAAGACAAGGGUGUCAACAGAUACAUAACUGCGAAUGUUAUGUACCUUCGAUAUAUUGAAUCCGCAGCAUUAGCCAGCACUAACGUUUAGCGCUAUUGUUCUGGCACAUUUACUGUCUUUGCAUACAAUCCUAUGUGAACAAUCUUAAGUCUAAGGUAUAGCAGUGAUUAUAAACAAUAAUGUACAUCUAAUGUAAAGUAAAUUAUUUUACAUGUUAAACUUCACAGAUGGGAUGAGUUAUAGAAUAGUUAGGUUUGAAAUUUUUUUUUUUUUCAUUUAUUGAAUAUUAACGUUAUAAGCAGAAAAUAUGCCUACCAUUUGUGAAAUACUAUACGCAGGAAAUAAAUACAUUGUUCUUAUGGGAGAAAAUGUCAGGACUUAAAAUAUAUGAUGUUAUGAUCAGGAAAACAUUAUAAGCAGGAACAUUAUAACAGAGUUCUACUGUAAUAGAAUCUUAUAAGGCAUCUAUUACAAUAGUAGUUAAUUUAGAAAAAAAACUCCUUUUAGGAUAAGUGCUAUAACAUGUUGAACUUAAAUUUUACUUUCAUAAAUGUUUUCAUCAGUUUUGAUUUUUAAUGCCAUCUCUGAAGAGUUAAUAAAAAAAAUGUUCUUCUCUUGAUCUUCACAUGUAGUAUUUUUUAAACCUCCCAAUGAAACUAUCAGUUAAACACUUACAAAAAUCUAGCCCAUUUGGUUGUUGUUUCACUCUGUCAGGAGAUGGAUUUACUCAAACGUAGUAGUUUAACCAUUUACUUCCCAAAUGAGUAUAAUCCUUACGAAUUCGAAUUUUUAAUGUUGGAAGUUUAGAAAUGUGAAUUAGUUUUUUGUUUUGAAUACAAAAUAACAAUUAUUUUUAUUGUCAUAAAUUAAUAACUUAUACAUGGGGUGAGUCCGAAUUCGACCCACAAACUUCGCCUGCUGGUUAUUCACGACAAAAUAAGUUGAAAAUAUCUCUACGACUUGUGGUCUAAAGUGCUUCCUGAGGCCGGGAUUGGUCUUUAAAGUUAGAGCUGAACAACAUUUUUACUGUUUAUUUGAGACCGUACGUUGAGUGUUUGGAUAAUGUUUAAUUCAAGUUCUUCAAUCACCGUGAAUUUUUUCACUGUCGCAAAAUUAUUUCAUCAAAAUAAUUGGAGUUAAAACCUUUAUUUUCCACAUACUUUUGUGACGUGUUACUACCUUCAAUUACUUCAAUGAAAUAAUUUAUAAUAGUGAUAAAUUUCGCGAUGGUUGAAGAACUUCAUUCAAUUAAAAAUAAUCUAUAUGUUCAGUGUUCAAUUUUAAAUACUUUCUCUAUUAUUGACAAUAAAAUUGUGGUUCACACCAAACUUCAAAAACAUAUAUUACUAACCUUUGGAAGUAUUUUAUACCAUAAGUUAUAGAUGUUUUCAAAUUAUUUUGUCAUGAUGAACCUGCAGAGGAAGUUGGUGGGUCAAGUUCAGACUCAUCCUGUAUAUAUACACAACUUUAAUUAAUGGCAGGUUUAAUUUUUUUUUUGGUUGAUUUAUCAUUUACUUGGUAAUUUGUUCCUAUGAUCUCGUCAAAAAAAUUGACUGCUCCAGGUGGUUCUGCCACAGUUAUUUUUUUUUUUUUUUUUACCUUGCUCGUUUUUACCUACGAACACGCAGGGAUUAACCUGCUCCAGAUUUUUAAUACGGGUAAACAACUUGUGGUUACAUUUUAGAAAUGGGUAGAGUAAAUUUUACUAGUCCAGUUGACCUGGUGAGGUUUCCAAAGCACAUGUAGUGUUUGCAUCUUCAGUAGAAAUGUGAGUAAAAUUAGUUCCAAAUGAUUCAUGGAAUUCAUAGUAAGAUGUAAAAAAUAUUCUUGGUAUAGUGUUAGUUAAUUCUAAAGAUAUUUGUGUACAGUGUAAUAUAAUUUAACUUUUUUUUUGUAGGCAUACUGUUGUCCAAUUAGUUUUUUUUUACUUGCUAUAUAACAAUCAGAUAGGCAUUUUAAAUAGUGUAACACCUUACAACCUCAUCAAAACUGUCAGUUCCACCAAAAUGUUUCAGACUAUUGUGAGAAUCAGUUGUAAAUGUUUUAAGAUAUUAAUAUUUGGAGUGUGUGUAUUUCACGAUUAAGAUGAUGAAUGUGUUUUACUUACCUAUCUCAGGCAUUUCCAUUGACUCAACUCAAAAUGCUUGAACUGGCGUACCUACUGCAGUAUUUUCAUGAAGCCUACUGUUAGCCGCUCAACUUCAGUGCAGUCACAGGGUUUUAUGCCCUAGUUUUUAAUUACUUUGAAGAAACAGUAUGUAUGCAUGUUUCCAACAUUAUUUUAAUGUUCAAUCUUUGUUAACUAGUGUAAAAUAAAAGCUUAACUCUUCGAUAACUAAUUAUAACUUGUUUCGUAUCUUCGAAAAUUGUUCACUGUCCACUGAUGCUCGGUGGAUUCAACAAACAGCUCAACCAUCACUGUUCUCCGUUCUAGCAUGGGGUGAGUUCAUGGAAGUGAAUUGGCUGAAUGGCAUGUGUUCGAUGUGUAAAUAUUUCUCAUAAGACUUGAUCUUCACUGGCCUUGCUCAUACUGGUAUCUUCUUGUACAGUGUAAACAUACCUAAUUGUAUAAUGUUUUUUUAGCAAAAGAAACUGUUUUUAUGAUACCUAUAAACAUUGUGUCUCUUUGAGGUAUUGUCAUCAUGCUGGUUGUGAUCACAAUAAAUGUAUCAUGUUGUUUGUUGACUUUUGCAGUAUAUAUAUUUUCCUCAUGAGUGUGAUGAGAUUUAUAGAUGUGUGAAGUAUGGUGCCUACAAUGCUCCAAACAGUACUGUUCACUAAAUAAAAGUGAUGUAUGUAUAGCUGUUUCUUGUCCUUCAUCACUGUAUGUUAUUUCAAACAAAGUGAUAUGCAAUCGUAGACACCUUUGUGUCUAAGGGAUUGUAUUUCUUCUUCAGAAAUAAAUGUAGUUCUUCCGU